AUGGCGUUCACCACGGCCCUGAAGAGGAUCAAGCGAGGGCACGACCAGGGCAACCAAGCAACAACCCACCAAGGAUGGACACUGUUCCUCCUCGCCUCGAGGCUCCUGCUAAGCAAGCCCAAGGGUACCGACGCCGAGGGCCGACAAGAGCUCUUGGAACGCGCCCAACGAUUCCGCCAGGGCGACUGGCUGGCCCUGCUACACGAGGCCAACACCACGGCCGGCGCGCGCGCAGCGCCGAGGCCAGCCACAGAGGAGCAAGAGCAGGAGAGACGCAGAGAACAGGCUUGCGCGCACGGCACGGCAGCCGGACCGUCGGGGGUCCGCGUUGAGCACCUCAAGCCGCUGCUGGAACACGAAGAGUCCAUGGACCUGCUUGGAUUCGCCGCCGCUGCCCUCGCGGAGGCGCGGCAAGGGGACGUCCUAGUCGCUUUCGUGGACGACGUGUACAUCAAGACCACCCGGGCCAGGGCCAGAGCCGCUUUCGACACCACCACCGGAGCAAUUCACCUCCACGCAAACGUGGAUUGCCACCUUGGCAAGUGCCGGGCCUACAGCAGGGGCGGAGGCGCAGCGCCGCCCGGAAUUGGCGAGCUGGGGCAAGACGUCUGGAGGGGUGACAGAGCACCACCCGACCGAGGAAUCAAGAUCCUUGGCGCCCCCCUAGGCACCCCAGAAUUCGUCGCCGCACACCUGGAGAGCAGACUACAGGAAGAGAGGAGACUCCUGGACGAACUGGCGCACCUGCCCGACCUACAGUGCGCUUGGCUCCUCCUCCUCCUUUGCGCCUCCCCGCGGGCCAACCACCUGCUGCGAACCCUGCCGCCAGAGGAAAUCGCAGAAUACACGAGAGGCCACGACGGCGACAUGUGGGCCACCCUGCGCCGCCUCCUCGGGGACCCCGCAAUGUCGCAAGACGAAGAGCGACGGGCGCGCGCACUGGCAGCAAUGCCUGGACGACACGGAGGACUCGGGCUCCAAAGCGCCGCGCGCACGUCCCCAGCGGCCUACUGGGGCGCUUGGGUAGACGCCCUACACAUGCUCCACCAACGGCGCCCCGUUGAAGCUGCAGCGAUCAGGGACCUCCUCGACGGCACCAGGCCCGGCCGUAGGGGCAACCUCGCCGCAGCCGCCGCGGCCGCACAGCUGCUCGAAACCGAAGGCUUCCGGAGACCUUCCUGGACCGACCUGCUCCAGGGGCUGCGCCCAGAAGCGCCGCCGCGCUCGGAGGCCGCCGAACCGGGGGAAUGGCAGCACGGCUGGCAGUUCCACGCUUGUUCCGCACGCAACACACACUACAGGGACAACGUGUUCAUGCCCAGCCUCACCAGGGCCAACCAGGCCAUGCUAAGGUCAGGCUCAGGACCGAGGGCCGCCUACUGGCUUCACACCUUACCCACCACCGAGGGGCACGUGUUCAAGCCCGCGCGGUUCCUGGCAGCCCUGCGCCGGCGCCUCAGGCUCCCGCUGCCGCUCCUCCCGCACGCGUGCGGGGCAGCCGGCCACCCAGGCUGCCGGGCCCGGCUGGACACGCUGGGAGACCACCUAGCCGCGUGCCCACGCACGGGGCUUCUCGCCAGACGCGCGAAACCGCUCGAACGAGCUUGGGCGAGGGUCGCCAGAGAAGCAGGAGGGAGAGUUGUCCCCCAACAGCUGCUGCGGGACACUAACGCCGUUGUCCACAACCCGCUGGACCGCAGACAAUUAGACCUAGUCGUCUACGGCAUCUCGCCGAACGGCGUCCCGCUGUGCUGCGACAGCACCAUGGUCGGAGGCAGGUGGGGCCGCGAUUCCCUCCAGCUGGUACGCCUGCUUGCCAAGCAGAAGGCGCGGGCCGCGCCGGCCCUCCUCCGCCGCUCCGCGGAGCUCGCGUACACCAACCGCUGGUGGGGGUUCCUGAGCGUCGCGGCCCAGGACUCGCUCAUGGCCACCCUGACGGGCGACGGCUACCUAGCCUUGGGGGGAGCCGCCGGGGAGGACGACCCAGACCUGGCCGAAGUGCUGCUCGCAGACUCCGCCGGCCCACCCGCUAGCCGCCUGCCAGCACGCCCCUGA